CAAUUGUUUCUUGCUUCUUUCUAGAAACAGAAGCCCUCCACCACCAUCACACCGCCGAUCGCCACAACCAUCGCAUUAUACGCCGCAUCUCAUCACUGGUGCACCCUGCUCUAUUCAAUCCCAUAUCAAAAUCUUUUUCCCUUAUUUUUUCUGUUGUGAACUGCUACGUGCCUGCGACGUUCCUUCACCACCGGAAGCACUUGCCCAGAUGCAGCAGAGAAAUUCUGGCAACCGGCGUCCAUCGGGAACCGAUGGCUCUGAUUUCUCAUACAGAAUGGUUGUGGACAACAGAUAUACAAAGGUAGCCAAGGGGAAAUCCACACUCUCCAAAGUUCUUGUGGUUCAGGCAGUGGUAGUGCUGCUAGGAGUAGUUGACAUCCUUUUCACUCUGUUAAACAAGGAGCCUCUUGAAAUCUUAGCUGCUGCAUCCAUUUCUAUAACUUUGAUUUCAAUUAUAAUUGGAGAAUUGGGUCGAAAGCGUAGCAGAGUGAGUCUUUUGAAACUCUAUAUGGCUGCAUCGUCUGUAGGAAUACUUGGAUCAAUUGCUUCCAUUGCUCAACUAAAGGCAACCACACCUCUUCUUGUUGGUCUGAGUAACUGGGAAACAGAUAAGUUUGAUCUAUUGAAGAUUGCUUGUGUUUCUGUUGGACUGUUUGUGCAAAUAUUUUCUAUCAGUAAAACAACAUCUCUGAUCGGGAAUAUGUCUCCUCCAAAAAGAGCUUCUUGAUGCAAAUCAUCUUUCCCUCUGUCUUAUUGACAAUGACGCACUUUUGUGUUGAAUAUAUGUUGUUUUUGUCUCAUUAACAUCCAUCACUAUUGUUAUGUCCUGUAACAAAACUCAUUUCCCUCAUCUAGAUUUUUAUUGCUCAUGGUUUAGUUA